AUGGCUCAAUCCGGUGUCUCCGUCUCCCCUGAGUGCGUCAGCACCUUCAACGAGCUUAAGCUUGGCAAGGACAUCAAGUGGAUCAUCUACAAGAUCAGCGACGACUGGAAGGAGAUUGUCGUUGAGGAGACUUCCAAGGAGGCCAACUUCGACGUCUUCCGUGAGAAGCUGCUCAACGCCAAGAGCAAGGACCGCCGCGGCAAGGAGGGCAUUGGUGGUCGCUACGCCGUUUUCGAUGUCCAGUACGAGCUUGACAACGGCGAGGGCUCCAGGAGCAAGAUCACCUUCAUCAGCUGGACACCAGAUGAUGCGCCACAAUACCCCCGCAUGAUGUACUCAUCCUCCAAGGAAGCCAUCAAGCGCGCUCUGAACGGUCUCGCCGCCGAUAUCCAAGCCAACGACGCCGACGACAUCGAGUUCGAGAACAUCAAGAGCCGCGUCGCCAAGGGCCGUUAA